AAACGGGAGGAAGCGUCCUUGGAGAUGUUGUUAGUACUACAAACUUUCGCAUCUUUCUCCCCUCUGCGGACACAAUGUCUGCGCUAAACAAGUGACAACCCGUCUAUAUUGCCGCAGAGGCGUGCGAGAAAGCGAUUCAAAGUUUGUAAGUAACCAUGACCGCAACUACUCUCAUUGGAGACCAGUUGAUCCUUGAAGAGGACUACGAUGAGAACUAUAUACCCUCUGAACAAGAAAUCCAAGAGUACGCAAGGGAAAUUGGCAUUGAUCCCGACAGUGAGCCGGAGCUCCUGUGGCUGGCCAGGGAGGGCAUCGUUGCCCCUCUGCCUCCUGAGUGGAAACCUUGCCAGGAUGUGACAGGCGACAUCUACUACUUCAACUUCUCCUCGGGCCAGUCCACCUGGGAUCACCCCUGCGACGAGCACUACCGCCGCCUGGUGGCCCAGGAGCGCGAGCGCACCCAGCUCACUGCUACCGCAGGAGUCUCUGGGCCGAAGAAGGACAAGGAAAAGAAGAAAAAGAAAGAAAAGAAGGAGAAAAAGGAAAAAAAGAAGAAGGAACCGCUUAAGACUCCUGGAGUGCUGAGUUCACCCUUGGGACCCUUACCAUCUCCACUGGGCAGCCUGGCUCCUCUCAGAGGUCUGGAUGCUCCUGGCAUUGGCCCACUACCUGGAGCUGUCCCUCCUCUGCGUGGCUCUCUUGGUAGCUCCGGGGGUUUGGAGCCCCUCAAGACAUCCCUAGGAGGUCCUCGGAGUAGUGGAGCAUCUAGCGUUUUAGGCAGCAGGCAGGAAGAGAGGGUGUCUCUCAGUGUGCCGUGCUUUGACGAUGACAACGAUGAAGACAAAAUCUCAGAAAAUGAGCCAAGUCCUCGUGGUCCAGACAGACUACUGAAGAACCUCCAUCUGGACCUGGAUGACCUUGGAGGAGGCCUACAAUAUGAGGACAGUGAAGUCAGUGGUGUAGCUCCAGCAGAGGAGAGGACUGAGCCAGAGCUGCAGGACUUGGCUCUGUCCGGAGACCACAGCCCUGAACCACCAUCCCAACAGGACUCUCUGAGGGGCCGCCACCUCCGCCUGUCCCCGCUGGCGGGCGGCUUAAACCGCGUCAGCGAGGAAGAGGCUGACGCUGUCACCGCUGAACCCGAACAGUCUGCUGAACAGGAGGAGUCUGAGGCUUCAUCCUCCAUAGAUGUCAAGCUGUCGGAGAAGGUUCUGGGCCUCAAUGACUUGUCCGGCACUGUCAGUCCGCUGGAGAAAUAUGACAAAGAGGAAACAAUAGAAGAAGAGGUGAAUGAUGAGGCGGCAAAGAAAAAGACGACUGAUGCCGCCAAGAGACACAUGAAGGCUGCAGACAAAGACAACCUUCCAGCUCCAAAAGUGGAGCGGCUCGUCCUCCACCAGUCCAGCCCGUCGCCCACCUUCUCCAGCCACUCCCACUCAGAUCGAGGUGUCGGGCUCCAUCCAAUAGCACAAAGCGUUGGCGCAUCUCUGGGUAUACAGAGACCCGAAACGUCCAGAGGUCGGCUGGUCCGCUCCUCCAACACCCAGCACAAAGAUGCUGAACCCUACAUAGAAAAUCACGAGAGCUCACUAGAAGAAGAACCCAGCUGGAGAACCCGGAAAGACAGGGAGAAGAAGGAGAAGAAGAUGGAAGAAGAGGAGGAGGAGAGAAAGAGGACGGAAAGAGAGGAGUGGAGCCUGAGGGAGAGGAAUGAGGAGAAAGAGAGGGAGAGAAAGAAGGCAGAUCGGGAGGUGGAGGAAGAGAGGGAGCGAUUGUUAAGGGAGAAGGAAAGGAGGAUGCGUCUCCUACGGGAGGAGCUCAGGAGAGAUGAAGAGGAGGAGGAGAAGCAGCUGAAGGAGGAGAGUGAUAAAAGAUUGCGGGAUCUGCAGCAGCGUCUCCUGUCUAAGAGGAAAGAGGAGGAGGCCAGGUUGAAGGAGGACUCUGAUAGGAUGCUGGAGGAACUCAGAGAGUCUGUGCAGGAGGAGAGAGAGAAGCAGCAGCACGGACUCAGGGAGGAGAGUGAAGCCACGCUAAAGGAGUUCCGCAUCACGCUGGAAGAGGAGCGGGCAGCGCAGCGCGAUAGGCUGGAGGCUCAGAAUAGGCGGGACAUUGAACAUCUGAUGGCGGAGUCGGAAGAGGAGCUGCAAGCGGAGAGGAGGAGACUCAAGGCAGAGAGGGAGGAGAAAGUGAACUCUCUAAAACAGGAGUUCAAAAGUGCAGAGAGGAGGAGGGAGCUGAUGAGCCCACGACCCGAACAGCAACUGGCAGAGUACCACCGAGAGCUGGGCGACGUGCUCCAGGAAGUGCGGGCGGAAGUGCAGCGUGACCAUGAGAGGAAGCUGGAGCAGUUGAGGGAGGACCACAGGAGAGAGAUGAACAGUAUCAGAGAGAAAUACCUGGAUGAGGAGACCGCUCAGAGGGAGCGCUUGCUUUCUACUCUGCAGGAGGACAGAGAGCGUCUCCAGACCUCACACGCUGUCCAACUGGAGAAACUCCGCUUGCAGCUCGACACACAGAUACAAAAGACACAGCUAACACACUCACGCAAGGAGUCAGAACUUCAGGAUAUGGCAGAUCAGUUACAGCUGAGAGCCAAAGAGCUGAAGAGCCAAGAGGCCAUGCUGCAGACUAAGGCAGCAGAUCUAAAGAGGAGGAGGAAGAAGCUCGGGGACGAAGAGGAGGAAAUGGACAGACAGAUAGAGGCUCUACCCCGUUUGAUCCAGGACAGAGAAGAGCUGAAGGAGGAGCUGGAGAGGAUGAGGGAGGACAAAGCUCACGCCCGAGAACUCAUCCACAAAGCGAGGGAGGAGAGGAGCGAGGCCAGGCAGCAGGAGGAGCGGCUGAGGGAGGAGAGAGACAAAGCCAGAGAAGAGAGCAGGAGGGCGAAGGAGGACAAGGAGCAGCUGGAGAGCAAGCUGGCGCUUCUGCACGAGAGAUGCGACCGCCUCAAUCGCAGAAUCAGCGAGCUGGAAGAGGACGCAGGAGGGAGCGCUUCCCUGAGACAAGAACCUAAACACAGCAAAAAGAAGGCUGAGAAGACCGAGGUGACAGCGCCCCCCAGUGACCGGAGAGACUCAUCGCUGCAUGUGGACGACCUGGAGGAACUGCCGUCCUCCCCUGUACCUGACAGCCACAGCAGCAUGGAUGAGUUCCGGCGUUUCAUCUCCUCACACGGCGCGUCCAUCCAGAAGACCAAACUCUUCCUGGAGAGGGAGACCAGCCGACUGAUGGAGAGACAGGUGGCUCUGCGUGCGGCCCAGACCAGCUCCUCCCAGAACCCCAUCCGAAGAGAAGGGGUGACUGAGGAGAUGAUUAGGAACUUCCAGCAGGAGGCCAGAAACGUGGCGGAGCUGCAGCAGACGGUUCAGACAGGAAACACUCUGCUGCGGAGGAAAGAGGAGCAACUUCAGCAGCUGGAGAGUUCUAUAGCUGACGAGCCGCUGUUUGAGGAUCUGUCUCGGCUGGCGGGAGACAGGAAAGUGACCUUUGAUGUGACAGACUCAGACCUCAGCAGCACUGCCGAUCCACCAGAUGGGACAGGAGGACAUCCCACCGUCCCGGCCAAAGUCCAGGAGUUAGCGGAGUCCCUGCAGCAGAUCUCAGGCCAGCUCAACACUGUGUUGGGUGCGUUGGGUUCGCUGGCUCAGAGGCAGAGCACCACACCUUACACAGCCUUCACUCUGCCUCUAUCUCAGCCUCAACCCACACCUGCUCCCACCUCCACCACCUUCACCUCUGCCCCCAUCCUGCCCCAUAUUCACGCCUUCGGCUCCACCUCCGUACCCACGCCUCUUGCACCGAGGCUCUCGGAGCCCCCCUGGAACUGGGCACCUCAGGGCAGCUCCUCAGCCCCCCCUCUCUUCAGCACCCCCAUCACCAGUGGGCUGUGGACCUCUGAGGACAUCGUCAGCAGCAGCAGAUGGAACCAGAUAUUCCCCAGAGCACCCGUGGAUCCAGUCGCCUCCAGCACCAUGAGAGCCACCUCAUCUUACUCAUCAUACAUUCCUGCUAGUGAUCCAGGCCGUAGUCUGCACUCCAUGCAGAAAUCAGCAGAGGUGGACAGCCAGAGACUGCAGGGGCUGAUUGACGGCAACAAGAAGUGGCUGGAGAUGCGCAAGAAAGACGCCAGCAUACCUCUGUUCACUCGCUAUCGGCCUCCAUCCACCAAGAGCGGCUUGGUUCAGCUGGGCCUGGACGAUAACAACCAGAUCAGAGUUUAUCAUUACUGAGGACACGAUGCACAUUUCAACCCGACUGUACUGUACCUAUCACUGAGGACUUUAGAGCAUGCACAGCGCUGUGACGUUUACACACGGAGGGCCACGUGUCAGAGUUCUGUACCUACUCUGAUUCAUUCUCCUGGUUUUUUUUUUCAUUCAGAGCAAAGGUUUUCAGGGAAAUCCCGGUCUCCUCUGCUGUGAUUGGAGGAGGAGCAGACCGCACAGGACUUUGCAAAUCAGGGAGCCACAUGUCACAGAGGGCUGAGGACUUUUAUCCUCCAGUGUUAGAUUAGGCUGUGAGAAAAGACAGAAAUUGUUUUAAAGCACUUCAGUGUCACGUUUACAGAUUAUAGCUCCACGCCAGACUCGGACCAAACUAUUUGUUCAGUGGUUUAGUUUGAUGUCAGAUAGAAGGAUUCCUCUUAUUGAGUGUUAUAAGACAUUUAGACAAUCUCAGUGAAUUAAGGUUUUCAAUAACUAAAGAGUAUCCACCUCCCUUAAAAGUAUUCAUGAUUUAUUGUCUUGCAAAACUGAGCCAUGAGAGUUUGAAUGUGGCAUGUGUUUUAUAUUUGUAUUAAAUGUAGAUCACACUGCAGUGAUCUGUUUUUAUUAGACAUUCACUUUGAUAAGCAUCUAAAAAUCCACGUACUGUGACUCAGUGUUGUCAGUGAAACAUGAAAACUAAUAAGGGGGUGCAUACUUUUUAUAAGCACUGUAUUCUUCUAACUUUCCCUAUACUGAACACUCCAAACACCAUCUGAUUUAUCAUUGAUGUUGUGAAUUUCAUCCUUUUGGUGCUCUAGACAGGAUAUAACACUAAGAAGCACUUUGCAGCCGCACUUAGGUCAAACUUAUUUCCAUUACAGGUUACAUAUGUGUUUAAGUCACUGAGUUUUUAAGCUACAUGUAUGUGAACUGUGAUUUCUGAAAUAAUUCCUAGUUUUUUGUUUUAGUCUUUCAGAAACAGAUAUCAAUGUGCUUUUGCUUUUACAUUAAUUUCUUUCUCAUAUUCCCUCUAACACAGAUACAGAGCAGUAGUAGUGAGCUGUUUACUAGGGUUUUGUUCAUAUAAAUAUUUGUGUAAAUAAUGUAUUUUUCUAUAAAAUAUUUUAAUAAAUAUAAUUUUAUACAUAG